AAAAGUGCGUCUGCAGUAGAAUCUGUGUGAGCUGAAGCUGAUGGGUCUACAAGGAAAAAUAUCUUGAUCUUUAAUAUGAGAAUUGAUGAUGAAUCUGAACAUGCAGUCAUUAUUCUCAGAAGAGAUGGAAAUCAGAACAGAUGAAGAAAGCAGUUUUGUAUGCAGAUCCUCCUCUGCACAUGUCUUGCAACCUUUGGUGAAAACUCCAGAUGAUAGUUUGUUAACUCGAUCUACAGAUUCAGUCAUGAAAAAUGAUGGUUCUCAAACAACAGCAAAUGGAAGGCAACAAAAGUUAAGUAACAGCAAAGGACUUGUGUUUAAACAGUUUGAAAACCAAGGACAGAAUUUGAAUUCUGGAUCUACACAUUCAGGGAGAAAUGGUUCUCAGCCAGGAACAAGUGAAGAUCAACAAAAAAUUAGCAAGGUGGUGAAAUCUGAGCCACUAUCCAGUGUCAUAAACACUGCUAAGCAGUUGUGUAAAUCAGGGAAGAUCAACUCCAGCCAGCUGCAGCAACUACUCAAGUAUGUGACCCAGUCACGUAGUAUAACUGGAACCACUAGUGGCAGAACAGAUCAGGCCAAAUUGGCCAGCCUGAUAAGUCAACUCACUCAGCAAACUAAAGGUAAACAUGGCGAUUCUCAGCAGUCAACCAGUCAACAGGUGGAUUUGGAAGGUCAGCAGGUUAGAACGAGUGGACAGCAGGUAAAUUUGGGUAUCCAACAAGUGCAGUCCAGUAGUCAACAGGUUGUAUUGGCUGGUCUCAACACACAUGUACAACAUAUAGGUACUGAAAAUGCUUUCAAACUCAGUGUGGCAAAAGACCUGUGUAAGACUACAUCCACAGUAAAGUCUGUGUGCCAUCCGGUGCUUUGUCAGACAACAGAGCAUAAAAACGCCUCCACCAAUACUGUUACCAGCACAAGUACUUCUAUCAGCAGUCAGAAUCAAGGGACAGUCGUCACAAAGAUGCUGCAGGGGAUUGACUUGCAGACGUUCACUCCAGUGGACCAAGCACUGUCAUUGUUUGAGGUGUCACCAACUUUACAACUGGAUAUGCCACAGUUUCAUCCUCAAACCCUCAACAUUGUUUCUGAGUCCCUCUGCUCAUCCACUCCCACAGUGUCAGUCAAGUCUGCAACAACACCACCCACACAGAUUGACGUUGGACCUAACCCAGAUAACAGUAUAACAGAAAACAAUGGUACCUCAUGCUGGGAGUACACUGGUACCAAUCUGGCUGACCUCCUGAUCCCAGACACCAGUGGCCUAGAGGCUGCACCAGAAGAUAAUGCCUGUUCAAAUGCAUUUCUAGCCAGUGGAGAUGGACACUUGCAGAGAAUGUUAAAAACAGGACCAGUAGACGAAAUACCAGGCACAUCAGGGAUCAUGUUUAGUGAUAACAAUUUACAAGGCAAAACUCAAAGUGACAUGGCAGUUUCAGAAUUUUACUGUAGGCCAGAGAAAGUGCAGAAGCUGGGAUCCUCCACAGCUGUCAGUACCAAUAUCCCUGGUUUCAAAGAAUUUGCACUGCCUUCCACAAAUUCAAAGUCAUCAAAUCUGAGACGUAAACGGUAUAAAAAGACUGCAGAUGCACUUCAGGGCUCUGGUUUAAUGGACAUUACACUGAAAACUGCAGAACUUAUACAAAGGAAUAGAAAAUUACAGAAAGAAAUUGAAGAUUUAAAAUGUGAAGCAGCUCAGUUUUAUCAAAGUGUUCUCCAAAAUCCUGAAAAUAGAGAAUUUGGAGAAAAGUUUAAAAUGGCACAGCAACAAUCCAUGCAUUAGUUCAGAAGAAACAAGGUCAGACCUGUCAUUUUGUAAAAUCUAAACAUCAUAUCACUCCAAUAUAAUAAAUACAAUGUUUACAAGUCAUAUGGCCUAUUACUGUCGCAAUUAUAUAACCUGGUUAUACAUCUCUUUGAUGUAGACAUUGACUACAUAGCAAUAUGACUUUGCUCACUCAUAUAUGAAGUGAUAAAUUGAUAUAAUAUUGUGUUUCCUGAUAAUUUUCAGGCGAUUAUAAGGUUGCCACUUUGUCAAUCUGUCCGUCCUUCUUUCCAUCUGUCCUUUCUUACUUGGAGCAUAAAUUUGCCUACAGUUAGAGCAAGGAUCAUGAAAUAUGGUGUAUAGACUGGUCAUACUAAACUAAUAUGCAGUGUACCAAAUUCAGGGCCCUCUUCCCUGCAAUUACAAUGUGAUUGUCCAGAUUUUCUAGUCCAGAGUAUGACUUGGCUUUCAUUUAAACUAGGAUGAUGGAAAUUGUCGGUUGUAUACAUUGGCCAUUCUAAAAAGAUGUACAAUGUAUCAAUUUAGGGCCUGAAAUUCCUUAAUUAUAGAGUUCUUUCCCUUUGAUGAAACUUUGUGUCCAUUAAAUUUGUUUGCAGAGAGCUUUCAUCACUUUUACUGUUAACUUGAUAUUUUAGCAUGGUUCUGAUUUAAGCAAUUUUCUACGAUUGUAUUUCAACCACAAAAUAUAGUUCUAGUGAAAAUUAUGUAUUCAUGAUGUCAACAGAAUGUAUUUAUCGUAUUAAUAGAUUUUAAGCUCCAACAAAGUAUUGUUUGAUGGAGCGUUUCUGGGAAGUAAGGAAAAUGAAAUGUACCAAUUUAAUUGAAAACUGAAAAAAGUAACUUUAAAAAAUAUGAUUUUUACUAACCUGUAGAAAAAAAAAUUCACUAGACAAUGUGGAAUCAUAUACCCUGUUCUGUUAUACAUCUUAUUUCUGCACACCAAUAGGGUGAAAAAUCAAACAGUCCUGCAAGAUGUUCCAAUUGUCUUAAACAUUGAUAAUUACGUCUAGUGAAAAAUAUUCACUUUUACAGCUGAAUAGAAGUUCUGAUAACACAACCAGUUAUAAAUUAGUGUGUGACAUCAACAUUUCAAUGAAUACACAAGUCAUUUUCAUCAGACAAAAUACCAGUGUGGAGCAUACUAGCACUGACAUUGGUAGUGUACCAAUUUUUUCAACUAUACUAUAAUUUUAUGUACACAAAGGUUGAAAAUAUUGUUACAAGAUGGUAAACAGAUUAAAGACCAAAAAUUUCACAAGAUGAUAACUAUGUACUGUAGUCGAUUCAGCUAUGCUACAUAAAUUUUAACUGAAUGCA